AUGGCGGCGCCAGUGGUCAGCCUGAGGGUCACAGCCGACUACCAGCAAUAUCCAUAUGAGAAGCGCUAUCCGUCCUCGAUGACGCUACGCACACUGAAAGACAAAUUGCAGCUAGUUGUUGGCUGGUCCAGUGAGUCAAUGAGGACAGAACUGAGGGAUAAGGAUGGGCAGUUCCUCUCUUUCCUGACGGAUGAUCAAGCAACUCUUGAGCAACUUGGCGUUCAGGAUGGGAUGCAAAUCCAUGUCACCCAUAGCGCUAAUGACGGAGCUGCAAUUCUCGCAAGUGUUGCUACGGUUGAGAAAUAUACGAUAUCGGAAGAGAAAUACAAUGAGCGCGAGGACUCGGUGCGUGCCUGGAAACAACGGGAAGGCCUGGAACUGAAGAGCAAUGUAGCUGCUGAAGCCGAAAAAGUGGCAAAAGAAUUUGAGGCGAGUUGCCUUCUCUUAUCCUCGUUAUUACUGAAAAAUCUGACUCACGAAUUCAUUGGUCGUAUGUUUGAGGUUGGUGAUCGCUGCAUCGUAAAAAUGCCGAACCAGACGGAAAAAGCUGGGUUUGUGUCUUAUGUAGGACUCACGAAUUUCAAGCCGGGCUACUGGAUUGGUGUUACAUACGACGCGCCACUCGGGAAGCAUGAUGGUUCUGUAGAUGGAGUCAGAUAUUUCACCUGUGAAAAUGGCCACGGUGCGUUUGUGCGACCUCAGUUUGUGCGAAAACAGAUGCCAGAUGCGGAAGUAGAGGAAAUAUGA